UCAACUUCCGGUUGGAGUUGCCAUCGACGCUUUAUAAAACAUUCCUAAGAAAAAUGUGACAUGGUACAAGAUUAAAGCAAAGACAGCACAUAGUUUAAGAUAUUUCAGUAGUUUACCACUAUCUAUCAUGAUGAAUAGAAAGACACCUGUGUGAUUUCUUAUCGAUAUUGCCCACCAAAAAAGAAACUUUACUGAAAAGUUCCAAAACCGGUUCAUCAGGUUCAACUGACUGCAAUGAAAAAUAUGUUGUAAAACCCAGAUCAUAUGGAAAUGGGCAAAAUGAAAAAGUCAUUGCGUAUUAAAAUCAUCAGCAUGGGAAAUGCUGAAGUUGGAAAGAGUUGUAUCAUCAAAAGAUAUUGUGAGAAAAGAUUUGUUCACAAAUACCUGGCAACUAUUGGAAUUGAUUAUGGUGUUACUAAAGUCAACAUAAGAGAUAAAGAGGUUAAAGUCAAUAUAUUUGACAUGGCUGGACAUCCUAUAUUCUAUGAGGUAAGGAAUGAGUUUUACAAGGAUACUCAGGGAGCUAUUAUUGUAUUUGAUGUAUCAGACAGAGGCAGUUUUGAGGCACUGGAUUCCUGGCUAUUGGAGCUGCAGAAUGAAGUAGGAAACCAGUCAGAAGUAGAUAAUAUUGCAGUCUGUGUUUGUGCUAACAAGACUGAUAAGAAGAGAGUGGUUGAUGAAUCUGAAGGUAGGAUUUGGGCUGACACAAGAGGUUAUCAUUACUUUGAAACAUCAGCACAAACAGGGGAAGGUGUCACAGAAAUGUUUCAGAACUUAUUUGAGGGUGUUGUAUCAGCUGUAGAAAAUGGUGGAAAGAAAGCGCCUUUCAUGACACAGUUAGGAUACUCCAAGGAUCAAGUCGAGGCUAUACAGAAGCUUAAAGCAGCAAGGAGCGAUUAUGAGAGGCUAGGUGUUAAUAUAGGAGCUUCAAAGGAUGAGGUGAACAAAGCUUACAGAAAAUUAGCAGUAUUAUUACAUCCAGAUAAAAGUGUAGCACCAGGCAGUGAAGAGGCUUUCAAACUUUUAGUGGCAGCUAGGACUACUUUGUUAAAGAAAUGUUCAUAACACACAUUCAAUAUUAGUUGUUGAUUGUACCUUAUAGCGGGUUAUUUUCACGGGGGUAAAAUUUCGCUAUUGUCAUUGAAUUAGGUAUACAAAAUAUUUUAUAAAUAUCUUUGCAUGUGCACUUUUAAAUUGGGGGAAUUUAUUUUUGCCGAUU